AUGGUAUCUCUUACCCAAAUAAUCCUUACAGCUCUGUUUGUUCGACUUUCAGCUGCUAUACCCGCGGCAACUGGAGACGAUCCUACCUGUGGUCCAGGUCUCGGAAGAUGUGAUCCUGGAGAAUGCUGCUCGCAAUAUGGUUAUUGUGAUGUGACACCUGCUCAUUGCGGUGUAGGCUGUCAGCCUGCAUUUGGUGUAUGCAAGAAUACCCCAACUUCAACAUCUCGACCCAAACCAAGCCCAACGCCUAAAAAGCUUCCAGAAUCACCAGAUUCAACUUGUGGUCAGGCUGCCGGCUACAGAUGCGCUCAGGGUGAUUGCUGUUCGCAGUACAAUUUUUGUGGAAACACUGCUGCUCAUUGCGGAGCUGGAUGCCAGUCCGCGUUUGGAACGUGUAAAUCUCCAACUCGGUCCAGCUCUAAAGGUGGACCGACUCCUGCACCUACUUCUUCAUUCCCCAUCCCUGAUCCCAAGUUGUCUGCUCCUGUCAUCACUACUUGCAAGAGUCCAAAACAAUUUGCCCUGACUUUUGAUGAUGGACCGACCAGCAAUGUCUCUGCUAUUUUGGAUAUGCUUAAAGACAACAAUGUCAAAGCAACCUUCUUCGUGAAUGGCAACAACUUUGCAGAUCUUACCGUUGAGCCUUAUAUUUCUAUUCUUCGUCGUGCACACACUGAAGGACACCAGAUUGCCUCUCAUACACUUACCCAUCCCGAUAUGACUAAACUGAAUGCAGCUCAAAUGUGGGACGAAAUGUCCCAGAACGAUGUUUUGAUCCGCAACAUUAUUGGUAAAUCACCCAUUUAUAUGCGUCCACCAUUUGGUAACGUAAACGCGCUUGUUCUGAGUGCCAUGGCAACUUGGGGAUACCAAGUAGUGACCUGGAAUAUCGACUCGGCUGAUUGGGAACACAAUGGCAGUCCCAACAUGAUUGCUGAGAAUGAUGCUAGUUAUGCCGAGGGCAUGGCUGGACAUCCUAUUCCGGCCACACCAUUCAUUUCUCUACAGCACGAUUUUGUUGAUAAUGAGAUUGGCUGGGCUCGACAUGUCAUUACCAGGUUCAAAAAGCUUGGUUACAAUUUUGUAACAGUUGGUGAAUGUCUUGGCGUUCCCGCUUCCCAAUGGUACCGAUAAAAGUAUUCAAAUGUAAUACAUAUGCGCUUGUAUUGUAAUACUCUUUCAAUUGCACUCAUUGUCAAGUAUGUUUUUUUAAAUUGAUCACAAUGCCACUUUUAAUAAUAAAAGAUGUAUAUCUAUUUGAUCA